GCGUAGGCGAACCAGGAUGGCGGCCGUCGUAGAGAAUGUUGUCAAACUCUAAUGUUAACAAGAGCGACUGUCUCGGGCUACAAUCUGCAGUGUAGUGGUGGUGUUACAGGAAGCUGGGAGAGCAAGUCUAUAGAGAUGCCAUGGAACAGUGCCAUAACUACAACGCCCGUCUGUGUGCGGAGCGCAGCGUCAGGAUGCCCUUCCUCGACUCCCAGACCGGAGUCGCCCAGAGCAACUGCUACAUCUGGAUGGAGAAGAGACACAGAGGGCCAGGUGUGGCCCCAGGGCAGCUGUAUACUUACCCAGCCCGGCGAUGGAGGAAGAAGCGGAGAUCCCACCCACCUGAAGACUCCCGGCUGGCCUUCCCCACCCUUAAGACAGAGCUGGACCUGACCCUGAAGAAAGACGCCCUUUCCUCAUCAGACGGGAGCAGUCUUGAGGCGCUUCUGAAGGCCGAGCCUUUAGACAAGCGGGCAGCGCUCGAGCUCCGUGGUCCUGAGGACGACCCCAGUGGGUCGGAGUACAGCACCGGGAGCCUUAAUACGUCCACACGCGUACGCAAGAGAAUUAUAGAACCUGACGACUUCCUGGACGACCUGGACGAUGAAGACUAUGAGGAGGAUACUCCGAAGAGACGUGGCAAAGGGAAAGGAAAGGGUCGUGGGGUCAGCAGCGCCCGGAAGAAGUUGGACGCAGCAGCGGCUGCACUUGAAGACAGAGACAAGCCCUAUGCCUGUGAUAACACUUUCAAACAAAAGCAUAUUUCAAAACCUUCUGAACGAGUCUGUGGAAAGCGCUAUAAGAACCGUCCAGGUCUGAGCUACCACUACGCCCACUCUCACCUGGCUGAUGAGGAAGGAGGAGAGGACAAGGAGGAGGCGGACCAUCGCACAUCAACCCCACCCCAACAAGAGGAGCCCAAGACACCGAAGAAAGGGCCUGACGGUCUGGCCCUGCCCAACAACUACUGUGACUUCUGCUUGGGCGACUCUAACAUGAACCAGAAAACAGGCCAGUCAGAGGCGCUGGUCUCCUGCUCUGACUGUGGACGUUCAGGUCAUCCCUCGUGUCUGCAGUUCACGCCUGUGAUGAUGGCUGCGGUGAAGACUUAUCGCUGGCAGUGCAUUGAGUGCAAGUGCUGCAAUAUCUGCGGCACAUCAGAAAAUGAUGACCAGCUGCUGUUCUGUGAUGACUGUGACAGAGGCUACCACAUGUAUUGUCUCAACCCGCCUAUGGCAGAACCUCCGGAAGGGAGCUGGAGCUGUCACUUGUGUUUGGAACUAUUGAAAGAUAAAGCCUCCAUAUAUCAGAACCAGAAUGCUCCGCCAUCGUGAUGGUUCCCCCCUACAACACCAACCCAGGGCUUUUGGUUCCCCCUCACAUCCAAUGACGGAGUUCUCCUUGGUCUGACUGGGAAAGAAACCUGGCAGGGAACUGUUCAGAUGAGAGGGGGCUGAAAAGGGAAAUCUACUUCACCCGACCGCACAGACAGAAGGAAAGAGACAGAAAGGGAGGGAGGAAAUGAUGUAUGCAGAAAGCGAGAGAGAGAGAACCGUUUCCCCCCCUCCUCCCACUCUUCUCUUCCGUCUCUCCACCAAGGCAGGUUUGAUCCCAGUAUGACUGUUACACAGCUCAAAGUUCAAACUACCCACCGCUUUUGUUUUCAACUACUCAGCCUUUAACGAUAUCAGACAUACAAAAAGAUACACACAGUAAUCCGAAUACUCAGUAACUCAAGUACUUGACUGAUAUGAUAUUACUCUAGGAUAUAUUCUGCUUGCAGUGUCCUUGAAGGGUUUCCACAGGUGGCGCUGUAGCCUGUAUCACGAGUCCGUAGGUUUCAGGUGGGUUCACCAAUGUGGAGCUUUGUUACACUGCAUCCGCAAAGACAAAUAGACACAAAACUGUAGCACUCUUUCGCCAAAAAGACCGAAUCCACGCAAGGUUCCAGAAACUUUAAACCGCUUUGGGGUUCUUGAGGUUCCACCUCUGGAGGUCAGUUUUUUUACGUGGACUGAUAUCAUGGAUUUGAACUGGUUUGGGAGUUUUAUUUACCUGAUAUACUCUCUAAGCCUUGAUCAGUAACUGAUUGAAAUGACUUUAUUUUCCUGAAUACUAGGGAUUCUUUGGUGUGCAUUGUGUGUCCUUACAAGAUCUGUGUAAUGUUAUUGGCCAAAAAUGGCUUGUUUUUUUUUUUCUAAUCACAGGCUGCUAUUUCUCCUCUUUAUGUUUUCUGCAGCUAGAAUUGAUAUUCUUGAUAUUGAUGGUGUGGUUCAGGCCCUCCAGAGUGGAAUCCCAGGCCCCGCCCUUCUGAAAUCUUUCUGCCAUUUGCACAUAGAAAACGUCAAUAGUUGAAACCAAUCAGCAUGCCAAUGCUUGUCCUUAAUAGGAGAAAUGGUUAACAUGUUUUUAUUUGUAUAUUUAUAUAUUUGUAUAGCGUAUAAAAGCUUUGAUGUAUUUAAAAAAAAAAAACUAUCUGAAAUGAUUAGAAAUAGUUGACUUCUAACCAUGUGUGCUUGUCAGUUUAUCUUUAUGCAGAGUAGCAUUAUACACCAGUUUUAGAAAGGACCCAGAUGAGUGAAGCACUGACACUCCCAAUGGCUUCGUACGUUUACAGUGAGAACAUGGGGACAAAGCAAGUGUAGUGUAGUGUAGUGUAGUGUAGUGCAGUGAGGCAGACAGCCCCUGGAAAGUGUUUCCCAUCAUGUCUCCCAGGUGAAGAGAGUUGCUGGAUUGGCUUUUUAAGGUUCACUUCAAUCAGGAAGUGGUCAUCUGCCAUUGAGUCAUAGUCAAAGAUUGGCUGCAGUGUUUGCCAUUAAUGUAUAUUACAUUUCCCCUUACUUCAUGAACUAUAAAAAAAAGUACUGAAUUACACCUGCUGCAUUCAGAGACAUUGAAUUGGGUGUAAAACUAUGGGGUGGCUGAUUUGCCGUUAUAUGUGUUUGUAGUUUUCCAAGUGCCCCCUUGUGGCUUUCCUUAGUAGUUGUGUCAGGCACAGUGAUGAGAAACUGGCCCAAAACUUUGGUCUCCUACAAUGCAAGAUUGUCUGUGACUAUCGCAGCAAGAUUUCAAUUUUUUUCUGCUAGCACACAAUAAUUCUACUCUAUUGUGAACUGCUUGGGCUCUAAACACAUCUGAAUUUGAAAACUGUUACCUGCCCAAGUAAGCAUAAGGCCGCUCGCUUGAUUAUUGCAAGCCUAGUAGGAGAAUUCACUGAAUAUCUGAUAAUACCUUAUGAUCUGGUGCGCAGUUUAAGUUUUAAGUUAGGUCAACCUGUUUUAAAAGAUAAAUGUCUCGGCGUGGGGUAAAACACAUGAGCACUAAUUUUGACCUACCGUUACUUAAUCAGGAAAGGACUUCCACUGAAAUUUAGAUAUGAAGGUUAAGGCAGGUCACAAGAGGGGUACAGGCUGAAAAUGAUUGAUGAAUUAUGUAUUGAAAGAAAUGAUACUAGCUCAGAAUUGCAGUCAAAUCCCAUGGACAUUGAGACUGUUGUAAACAGACUGAAUAGUGUUCAACCUUCAAAUAUUCUCUCUUGCAGUGAUUAGUCAUUCCUCUCACUAUAGCAGUGUACCUUUUGAUUGAACAUUAACAUUGAGCUGAUCAGGGUAUCCUAUAGGAAAAUAUUUGUCCCAUAGAUGGUUUGGUUUGUGAUUGGUCUGUUUACACAGCUUCACCAGUAGGGGGCCCUCACAGCCUUGGAUUCCAGCUUAUAGCAGACUUCACUUCAUGUGUAGCUGUGUAGCAUUUAGCUGGAUCAUGAGGCUGGAGAAAGGAUAGAAUUGGCAUAAAAUUGGCAUAGAUCUUUUGCGACUUGUGCCUGAAUUUUAAUUGCAUUAAUACAUUGCCAUUUUAAAAUGUAGGUAAUUCUGGAGGAAAACAAUUGAGGGUUUUGAUCACAGAUCAAACCGAAAUCUCAACAGCAAAUGCCUGUAAUUAAUUUAAGUUAUUUAUAAUGUUUAACGGGAGCUGAAACAUGCAUCCUUGAACGAGUUGGAUUCAUCAUAUUUAUAAAAUGUAUUUGGUCUGGUACAUUUACAGUUUAGUUAUGUACAUUAUGUGAGGUUUUUUUUUGUUUUUUUCCCCCCAGAAUCUCUAACCACUAUCCACAACGAUUGUCCGCAUUGCUUAGCCAGGUUUUAUAUACAGUAAUUAUGAGACACUGUAGCAUCAGUAGAAAAGUGCAGAGAGAAAGUCCAUCAAUGUGCAGAUUACACAAACUCAACUGCAGUCACCCAGCAUGCACACAGUUCUGGAAGACAUCACAUGUGGCAUAUAUGGCAGAUAUACGUGUAUCAGAAUCGGCAGCAGUCUGGGUAUAGUUAUGUAGAUUCAUAAUCACAUAUACAAUACACAUUUUCAUCUUGAGGUAUAGUCACUGCAGGGGUAACUGAGGUGUUGAUGCAUUAUGUAAUAUAAUUUAGCUUAUCUGUCAUGUUAUAUCAGUAGCCAACUAACCAUAUUAAAGCAUUAAAAACAUGUAUGCAUUGGUUUUGUUUCUUUCUUUUUUGUAUUUGUUUUUAGAAACAGUGGCCAUGGAAAUACAUCUGAUUGUUUAUUUGAGCUUUUUCCCAUCUAUUUACUAGGUUGGUGUUAAACAUUUUUAGGGGUGUGUUUGGUUUUCAUUAUGGAAUGUUUUGUUUUUAAGGUACAAUUGUUUUGUUUGUUUGUUUUUUCCAAGAAAAUAAAAAAUAAAACCUCUCGGCACUGAG